AUGACGGAGGAUCCGGGAGACCAGCUGUACUCGCCCUCUCGCCUCGACGACAGCCCCGAGGCGCCAGCCCUGAGCUCGGGGCACGCGCGACACGGUGAGUCGCGGAAAGACGACGGAGACCCAGCGGAGGAUAAUAGCAAGGCCGAUGCGAGGGCGAGAGGAGACAGUGGAGGGAGGCGCGACGGAAGGAGAUCUCAGUCGCCCGCGCAUCGGGAAGGAAGCAAGAAGACAGGCCAUGCCAGCGACAGGUGCGGGCGUGAGGAAGAGAGAGAACGAGAGAGGAUGAGCAGUCGCAGGGACGGAGAAGAAAAGUCGCGUGAGCGAGAGAAAGCGAAGCAAAGAGAACACGAGGAGGACCCGCGCUCCGACCGGUCGAGCAGGAAAGACCAUGGCGAAGACCGCGACAGGAAAAAAGACAAACGGAGCAACUCCGACCGCGAAUCCGACUCCGGGAAAAGGAAGUCGUCCUCGUCUUCGUCAUCUUCGUCUUCGACGUCUCGGAGAAAAAACCGAUUCGACGUGGGACCUGAAGAGCACAAGCGCAUGCAGAGAAUGGAGCAGUGGCGGUUGCUGGUUGAGCAGAAGAAGGCGGAAGGGGAGAAAGCGUCGCCGGACGAGAAGACGCUUUCCGCGCCUCAAACCCGGCAUGCUGGUGACUCGGACUCGGACGACGACAUGCAAAUUGACGAUCCCACCGAGAACGCCGUGCAGCAGCUUGCCCCGGUGCCCGCCGCUGGCUUGGCUUCUGCGAGGGUCGCGGCGCAUACGGCGCCGGAAGGGCCGAAAGAGAAGCGCACUGCGGACGACUCGCCAGCAAGAAGACGCCGGGAAGAGAGGCGGAGAGGCCGAGACGAGAGAGACGGCGGUCGACGCGAAGAGCGGAGACGCGAAGACCGGCGAGAGCAUGACGGGAAGAGAGAGGAGAGACACGACGGAAGGCGGGAAGAGCGACGCCGAGGGCACGGCGACAGGCGAGAGGAUCGAGAGGAAGGUCGGAGAGAGGACAGGCGACGGGGCCACGAAAGAGAGAGACGCGAGCACUACGGCGAGCGACGCACAGAGGACGGAAAGACUGACUUUGGAGGCAGCCACAAACGCCACGACACGCGUGGACACAGCGGGUCCCCGCACGCGUCCAAAAGCGCGGAGCUCCCUGCCUCAGGGCCUCAAGACGGAUCUUCCACUUGGGGUGCUCUCGAGGAAAGAGAGGAGAAGAGAGAGGACACGAAAGAAGGGAAGGACAGCCAAGAGCGGCCUGGUGACAGGCAAGAUUCCAGGAAAGAAGACCAGAGCGAAGAGGGAGGCAUUUCUUCGCGUCUUCGUCGUCGGCACACCUUGCGCUGUGGAGGGGCGGGGCAUCGACGGGGAUCCGACAGUGAAGGCAGUGCAAGUGAGAGGUCCUCGCCUUCUCCCGCUUUCGAACGGGCGAAGAAGAGCCUCCACAAAGGCCGUCGAGGGGACGGUCGCGCUUCCGCUGUCGCGCUCGCUCUGGACGACGAAGAAGAAGACCGGUGCCACGGCCAUCUUCCCGGCUACUCGAAUCUGCCGUCGCCGUCUCUCUCUCCGGCCUCCUCGCGGUCGCGCCGCUCUCGCAGUCCGCAGGCCUUCAAGAAGAAAGCGUCUCCUGUCGACUUGACUUCACUCGACCCUUGGACGCACGCGUCUCAGCGGCACACGCAGUUCGAGAACGGCACGUACAGAGGCGAGGCGAGUGAGAAGAACGGCCUCGCGUCGGGCCACAGCCACGCAAGAACCCCCUUUUCGUCCUUCACCGGACGCGGAGGCCCCCGCAUGCAGUCGCCCUUAGCUCAGAUCCCAACUAGCCAUUUCUCGGGUGUACAUACACCCCACCCAGGUGCCGUGGCCGCGGCUCAGGGGGGACAGGGGUCGGUGCCUCCGAGUCAGAAGGAAGUUCUGGGUGCGUACGGCGCUGCUUGGGGAUCGCCGUUCGCCCCACCUGCUUUUCCUCUCCCGGGCGCCGCUCCGCCGUACCCCGGGUACUUCCCGCCCUUCGCGUCUGUGCCGUGCGCGGCGCCGCUGCCGCCCUGGGCUGGCGGUCCCCACGGGGACGUGAGCAUCGCGCCGGCGAGAGAAGGGGAGACACUCGGAGGCGGCCAGAAGCUCGGGCGCAGCUCCGCGAGCAGUCUGGGGAACGGGGGCGCGUCGGCGCUUCCCGGAGGGUCACCGGCGUUCGGCGCGCCAGGAGACCACUUGGACGCGCACGGCCCUGGACCUGCCUCGUCGUUUCUCUCUUCUCCGCCGCCGGACACCCACCCCGUGUUGCAGCAGCAGGCCAGGGAGCAAGAGCAGCAGAAAAUGCGGGCGCAAAACGUCGCCGUGAUCAGCCCGAACGUCUGGAAGAAAAUCGACAAGCUGCGACGGGCGAAGAUCUGCUUGAACUGCCGACAGCAACCGCAGCGAAUCAGCAACGCCUCCGGCGCUCCCUCAGGUGUCUGCAGUGGAUGUACGCGCCACGUCGGAAGACAACACUGCAAACACUGCGGAAUUGAAUUCCUGCAACACCACUACUGUGCACAGGCAGAGAAAUUGCUGGGGCGACCGAUCUGCCUCGGAUGCGCCAGGCAGAUGUCCAAGUAUCAAAGGGAUCCGAGCAUCUGUCGCUACUGCAAGUGUUGGUCCGCAUGGAACGAGGCGCAGGAAUGCGAGCGCUGUCGCUCUCGAAUUCAGCGGCACGGGAUGCCUCGGCGGUGUGAGAGAUGCGGCGUGGACGCUGCCUUUCCCAGGUCUUCGACGCAAGCUGGAGAGACGGGCGAGACUCUCGAAUUCCUUUGCUUCCUUUGUUCCUUCGCGGUGAAGAAGGCGCUGUUGCUCCAGCAGAGAUCCAGAAGCCGCGCGCAGCAAACUUUGCAGCUCUUGCAGCCAGGGCGUGUCAACGCCGCCGCCCUCGAGCCCGACAAGGUGCCCAAGGGACUCCUCAGUGGACGGAGAGAAGCGAUUGGAGCGACGGAGGAAAAGGAAGCAGAAGACGAAGAGUCGGAAGGGAAACCGGCGUCUUACUGGAAAAACCAUGCACAGACGCUUCAACAGCAAAAUGAAGAAUUCCUCCAGCAGUUGCAACACAUGCAGGAACAACUGCUCCACAAAGAUCUAACGAUGCAAGAGCAACAACAGGAGAAGAAGGAGCAACAACAGGCGCUGCAACACGACCUCCUUCAAGAGAAACGCCGGAACCAGCAACUGCUUCUGGACUUGAAACGUGCAUCGGUGGAGCAGGAAGCGCAGGCCUCCAAAGCAGCUGCGGACCAGCGGCGAGCAGAAGAAGUCCACUUGGGGUUGUCAAACGCGCUGCACGAGUGCAUCGACCAGCUGAAACACCGGAACGAAGAGCUCGAGUUGGCGAACAAAAGGUGCACAUCGGAGUCGCAGCAGUACAAGAAGCAGAACCAGGCUUUGAUUCGCGAGAUGGAGAGUGUGAAGAAAGAGCUUUCUUCGGCGAUUUCGUCUCGUGACUCCGCGCUAUCCUCGAGGGAUGCGGCGGCUUCGAAAGCAGCUGAUCUCGAGGCGUCUUUGGCUGCUGCACAGCGAGAGUUGGCGGAAACAAAGAAAAAACUGGCUGACCUGGAAGAGGAGUUCGGUUCUGCCCAGGCCAAGGCGGAGACGGCGACGCGCGAAGCCGAGGUGUACAGACAGCGCGUGCAGACUGCAGAGGGCGAGGCGCGGCCCGUUCGGGAAGAAAAGCGAGAACAGGCGGAAGCGUUUUUGGAGGAAAGUGGUGAGAAGGAAAGAGAAGAAUGCGGGGAGGGAAGGGACGAAACGGGCAGAGACAACGAGGGACAGAAGGGCGAGGAAGACGAGAAGGAGAGAAAUGGCGAGGAAGACGAGAAGGAGAGAAAUGGCGAGGAAGACGAGAAGGAGAGAAAUGGCGAGGAAGACGAGAAGGAGACAAAUGGCGAGGAAGACGAGACGGUCGAGGGCGAGUUGCGGCCAGAGGACGAAGGGAGGAGGAAAGGCGUCUCUGAAAGGAGGGCCAAGAGAGGGCGCGUAGCCCGUCAUCGAGAAGAGAAGGAAGGGAAUGGCGUAGAGGAAACCGUCGAGCAAGAAAACAAAGAGGCGACUCUAGAAGAGAUGACAAGGGACCAAGAAGAGGCUGAGGGAGGGGGUGAGGGGACAGGAGAGCCCGCAACGGAGUACACCCACUGUCCAUCGGCAGAACAAGGCGAGGACGCGCAUGCAGUGUCCGUUGACAAAGGAGCGGCGGCAAGUGAAGAUUCCUCGAGUUCGGCUCAGACACCCGCCGAAGAAGAGACAGGGAAGAGGAGAAAACGGAAGCGAACAGACGGCGGCCACGAAGAUGCAGAGGAGGGGAACGAACGAAACGCAGGAGCGAACAGAGCGAACGGGGAGGCGGAGAUGGAAAACGACUGUGCCAACCUCCCAGCGCGCGCCGAGAUACAGGACACAGAGCAGGAGACAGAGGCAAAGAGAAGACGAUCUGCGGGAGAAGCCGCCGCGACAGCCCCGCAAGAAAGCAAAGAGGCAUCCGGCGGGGAAGGAGAAGACACGAAGGAAAGUGCGGAGGCAGAUGAUGAAGAUGCGCCUCUCACUAGAGCCGCGUCGGCCAAGAUAAACAAACGCGGAGGCAGGAAAGGAGCGGCGACACAGCGGAAGAAGCCGAAAGCAAAGGUGCGAGGAGACUAG